AUGCAGUUUCAUCGACUACGACGGCCGCCUCGGCUGGGGAAUUUCUGUGCCAGGGGUCGGGCCCCCGCGGCGCCGCCGCCUCCGCUGCGCCCCCUUGCCACAGGGCGCACGACAGACGCAGCACGGCAGACCAGCACGACGGACCAGCACGGCAGACCAACACGGCAUACCAGCACGACAAGCCAGCACGGCAGACCAGCACAGCAGAACAGCAAGGCAGACCAGCACGGCAUACCAGCACGGCAGACCAACACGGCCGCGCAGCGGAGGUGGCGGCUCCGCUGGAUACCUACCCGCGGUGCAGAAUCCUCCGUUCCAGGCAUCGUGGACCCGGAUCCCCCUGUGCAAACUUUCCUGGCGCUGCGUGCGUACAUGAUAUAUCGGUCGCAAUGGGCGGGGUGGCACGCUCGGUGCCCCGCCCGCGCCGCCUGGUUUGCGAGGGAACAGCGGCUCCUGCGCCGAGACCUGGCGGACGUGGAGCUGCGGCCACAAACUCUGAGCGACGUUCGGACGUGGGCGCCCGACCUGCUCCCUCCGUGA